UUAAUGACACUGCUAUUGUCUUUGUUUAGCUACCGUGUUAAAUAAACAAAAUAAAUAAAACAGCAACCGUGGCAUUUACUUCUCAAAUCCAGGACUUCUGGUCUGUGAUGUCACGGUUUAUGUCGUCUGCAAGGACUGUAUAUGUGUUUGUUUAUAAAGUAUUAUUGGCAACCGGUUGAGAAGGAUUCGCGAGCGGGUUCCAAAUGGAUGAUUGUCACAUUCUCGUGAAAAAUUAAAGAUUAUGGAAGGCGAAGGGCGACCGCUUCUUUUGGAUCCACAAUGCAGCCCACUGUUCAUUCUUCCAUGGGAUCCUUUACGUGCAAAGAAAAGUGGUAUUAUGAUUCUCGUGUCAGUCACACUGGAGAGAUUGGCAUAUUUUGCAGUUGUUAUGAAUUUGUUCCUUUAUCUCAACAAAGGUCAACCAGAGAUUCAGUCAUGGGAACCUAUUGAAGCUCUAACUGCAGUAUAUGUUAUUCAUGGUGUUUCGUGUAUUUGUUCUCCUAUUGGUGGCUGGUUAUCCGACUCAUUCAUUGGGAGAUACUGGGCAGUCAUUGUAGGUUCAUUGGUUUACAUAACAGGCUAUACUUUUUUGACAGCCCUUUCUGUUAAUGGGUUAACAUCAAUGGGCUGCGACUGGAAAUCUGAAAAUGAUAGCCUUGUUAGCAAUAGCAACUUUCAUUGGCUAAUUUUGGGGAAAGAAUCCCAUCCUUGUUCUGCCCAUGUUUAUGUCACCUUGAUUUUGAUUGGUCUUGGAGUUGGAUUUUUGAGAGCAAACAUUCCUCCCUUUGGGGCAGAACAAGUCCGAGCUGGAGGGGAAAAUGCUGUCAGACAAUUUUUUAAUGCAUAUUAUUGGUGUGUCAACAUUGGCGGUUUGAUUGGAAUCGGGGUUUUGGCCUAUGUGGAACAAAAUAUGGAAGAUGGGUUUUUCAUUUCAUAUCUCGUGGCAACUACUGCUUUAUGUGCAUCUCUUGUUAUUUUCUGUGCCGGGAAAGGUUUCUAUAUUGUGCAUAGGCCGGGGAACUCGGUGGUUAUCAAUUGCUUUCGAAUAGUUGGUGAAGGAUUGUAUAACACGUGCAAGAAACAAGACAGCGUUCAAGGUUCUCCUAUGUUUCGGCGACAAUCCCAUCAGCCAGUCUCCCUUGUUGCGCUUAAGGGAUCGUGUUGGAUCGAUCGGGCAAAAAUUUCUCAUGGGGGUUCUUUCCACGAUACCACGGUAGAAGAUGUGAAAUCGUUUUCCAAAACCCUGGUCUUCAUUUUUGUGCUACUGCCUUACUGGUUAGUCUAUUUUCAGAUGUCUACCAGUUUUCAAGCCCAAGGCCUUCACAUGAAUCUACACCUUAACGGAAGUAGUGCAACUGACUUUGAGAUUCCUGCAGCUUGGUUAACACUGUGUGACGAUGCGUUUGUCAUUUUGCUGAUUCCUGUUUUAAACCUGGUCGUCUACCCGUUCCUAGACAAGAAAAAUAUUACAACGGUUCCAUUAUGUCGUAUAGUUGUAGGAAUGAUUAUAAGCUUGACUGCCGUCAUAGUGGCUGCACUUGUUGAACAUUUUCGCUUGGAAGACUGGAGACAAGGGAAUUCUAUCAAUCAAAUGAUAAGUAAUACCAACUAUAACGCAAGUUCCAUGUCGAUCUUAUAUCAGAUACCUCAGUAUUGUUUGAUCGGGACGGCUGAAGUUUUUGCCGGAGUUGCAGGACUAGAAUACGCUUAUACAACAGCUCCACGUACUUUCCAGGGCAUCGUACUCGGUCUCUAUUCAGCAAUAGAGGGCCUGGGUUCCUUUCUUGGCAUUCUACUUGUUCGCAUAACUCGUUCUUUGCAGCUAGGCUGGAUCCGAAGCGAAGUUAAUUUUAAUAAAGGCCAUUUGGAUUACUUCUUUUACCUCCUUGCCGUCAUUCAGUCAGCAGUCGUCGUCGUAUUUGGAUUAAUAAUGUAUCUGAGGUAGGUGGGAACCGCCUCGACGAGAUGUACACACGGAAGAAACUCUUGGUGCCAGUGCAUUGCAUAGCGAAUAUUACCAAUCUAUUGAAACCUCGCCCGUCCCAGAAUCGCCAAUGACCUAAUGUCAAGACUUGUUAUGCAUUUUGGA